AUGCGGUGGUUCCAGUCGCUGCUCUGGCUGUCUGCCGCUUCGGCGGUGGUUGCUCGGUCCACCCAGGGCAUCUACGACCUCGUUCAGCGUCGACUGCCCAACCACGCCGGUAGCUUCCAGUUCUCCCUGGUGAAUGCCACGCAGACCAACACCACCUACGACCAAUAUACGGUGAGCACCGCCAAUGGCAAGGUUUUUGUGCAGGGUAACACCCUGAGCGCGUUGUCUUCGGGUCUCCAUCGCUAUCUCACCGAUGUCGCCAAUGUCGACAUCUACUGGUACAUUGGUAACCAGCUGGACUCGGCGCCCGCCCAGCUGCCCGCCCUUACUGCUCCCAUGACCGGAUCCAGCACCGUGCCUUGGCGUUAUCACUUCAACACUGUGACCUUCUCCUACACCGCUGCUUUCUGGUCCUGGGAAGACUGGGAGCUCCAACUGGACUGGCUCGCCCUCCGCGGUGUAAACCUGCCCCUUGCCUGGGUCGGCGCCGAGAAGAUCAUGGUCGAAGUGUUCCGCGAAAUCGGCCUCACUGACGCUGAGAUCGCGACUUUCAUGAGUGGGCCUGCUUUCCAGGCAUGGAACCGGUUCGGCAACAUCCAGGGUUCCUGGGGCGGCGACUUGCCCAUGCAAUGGAUCGAUGACCAGUUCGCCCUGCAGAAGCAGAUCGUGCAGCGUAUGGUCGAGCUGGGUAUGACCCCCGUACUACCUGCUUUCACCGGCUUUGUUCCCGACAACAUCACGCGUGUCAUGCCCAACGCUAGCGUGGUGCGAGGCUCACAGUGGUCUGGAUUCCCCGUCCAGUACACCAACGACUCGUUCCUCGAGCCCUUCGACAGCCACUAUGCUGAGCUCCAGAAGAGCUUCAUUCAGAAGCAGCAAGAGGCCUAUGGCAAUGUGACGCACAUAUAUACGCUGGACCAGUACAACGAGAACUCUCCUUACUCCGGCGACCUCACCUACCUGAGCAACGUCACCUACGGCACCUGGCAGAGCAUGAAAGCAGCUGACCCCCAGGCCAUCUGGAUGAUGCAGGGCUGGCUGUUCUACUCCGACUCAACCUUCUGGACCGAUGCGCGCGUGGAAGCCUACCUCUCUGGCGUUCAGAACAACGAGGACAUGCUGAUCAUUGACCUGUACUCCGAGUCCACCCCGGAAUGGCAGCGCACAAACUCGUACUACGGCAAGCCCUGGAUCUGGUGCCAGCUGCACGACUUCGGCGGCAACAUGGGCCUCUACGGUCAGAUCGAGAACAUCACCGUAGACGCCACGAACGCGCGUCUCCAGUCGCCAUCGAUGGUGGGCUACGGUCUGAGCAUGGAGGGCCAGGAGGGCAACGAGAUCGUCUACGACCUCAUGCUGGACCAGGCAUGGUCGCAGACAGCUAUCGACACAGACCAGUACUUCCACGACUGGGUCAGCAGCCGGUACAGCGGCGCGGCCUCGAUCCCGAGCGAGCUCUACCAAGCCUGGGACAUCAUGCGCACAACCGUGUACAACAACACAGACCUGGCCUCCGCCAUCGCCGUGAGCAAGUCCAUCUUCGUACUGAAGCCCAAUCUCUCAGGCCUCCUCGGCCUCACAGGCCACCACCCCACCACCCUCAAUUACGAUCCAUCCGUCCUCGUCCACGCCUGGCAACUGAUGCACCAAGCCGCCAACGCCGAGUCCACUCUCUGGACUAACCCCUCCUUCGAGUACGACAUGACCGAUGUCACGCGCCAGGUGAUGGCCAACGCCUUCAUCCCCCUGUACUCUGAACUGGUCUCAACCUACGAGAACAACUCCUCCCCCUCGGCCAUCACCGCCGCCGGCGACAAGCUCGUCCACCUCCUGGAAGACCUGGACAAAGUUCUCCUGACCAACCCAUCCUUCCGCCUCUCAGGCUGGAUCGACGCAGCCCGGUCCUGGGCUCACGGCGACGCCGCCUACUCCGCUUACCUGGAAUACAACGCGCGCAACCAGAUCACGCUGUGGGGACCGCAGGGCCAGAUCAGCGACUACGCGUCCAAGUCGUGGGCGGGCCUGGUAUCCACUUACUACGCGCCGCGGUGGGAGAUGUUCACGCAGUACCUGAAAUCGACGCCGUCUGCUCAGUACAAUGUCACUGCGUUUGAUGCGCAGUUGCUUGAUUUCGGGCUGAAGUGGUGUGAGCAGACGUGGAAUGCGCCUGCGCCGACGCGUGCGCAGACCAACUUGAAAAGGGUGCUGGCUCACGUGCGGCGCCAGUGGCCGAGUGUCUUUUCUUGA